CGUGUACAUGGGAUGGCGUGCUUUCCAACCGGAACCCUGGCCUCUUGCGUUUUCACUCAUGCUACACAGAAAUGGCGGAGAAUACAGUGACGGUCACUGUUGCUUACGGUUCUACGAAGCACAGCAUCACGGUAACGGGGCUGGACGGGAACGAACCGAUACUGAAGGACCUUUCUGAUGCUCUGGUUCAGGUUACCGGGGUCCCGAUGCCUGCACAGAAACUCAUCUUUAAAGGGAAGUCACUGAAGGAGAUGGAGGAGAGUCUGUCCAGCUUUGGAAUCAAACCGGGAUGUAAACUCAUGAUGAUUGGAAAGAGGAACAGCCCAGAGGAGGAGUCUGAGCUGAAGAAGUUGAAGGACAUUGAGAAGUCAGUAGAACAGACGGCUAAGAAACUGGAGAAGGUGGAUGGAGAGCUGACAGGCCUGAAGAAUGGGUUCCUAGCUAAAGACCUGCAGGCUGAGGCGCUGGGGAGAAUGGACCAAAGAGUGAAGGUGGCAUCUGAACAGUUCAUGAAGAUUCUAGAGCAGGUGGACUCUAUGACUUUACCAGAGAACUUUGGUGACUGUCGGAUGAAGAAAAAGGGUCUAGUGAAAACAGUUCAGGGAUUCCUGGCUCAGUGUGACAAGAUUGAAGCAGGGAUUUUAGACCACUUGGCUAAGAUCCAGUCUAAGAACCUGGCCCUGGCAGAUUCUUAGAUCUACUAGUUCACAGAGAUCUACUGGGUCACCAUCUGGGAUCUGCUGUCAUGUCCAUCUCCAAGCUGCUCCACAUCUCUGUCCCUGCCCUGGUCUCCACAUCUCUGUCUCUGUCCCUGCCCUGGUCUCCACAUCUCUGUCCCUGCCCUGGUCUCCACAUCUCUGUCUCUGUCCCUGCCCUGGUCUCCACGUCUCUGUCCCUGCCCUGGUCUCCACGUCUCUGUCCCUGCCCUGGUCUCCACAUCUCUGUCCCUGCCCUGGUCUCCACAUCUCUGUCCCUGCCCUGGUCUCCACAUCUCUGUCUCUGUCCCUGCCCUGGUCUCCACGUCUCUGUCCCUGCCCUGGUCUCCAUGUCUCUGUCCCUGCCCUGGUCUCCACGUCUCUGUCCCUGCCCUGGUCUCCACGUCUCUGUCCCUGCCCUGGUCUCCACAUCUCUGUCCCUGCCCUGGUCUCCACAUCUCUGUCCCUGCCCUGGUCUCCACAUCUCUAUCCCUGCCCUGGUCUCCACAUCUCUGUCCCUGCCCUGGUCUCCACAUCUCUGUCCCUGCCCUGGUCUCCACAUCUCUGUCUCUGUCCCUGCCCUGGUCUCCACAUCUCUGUCUCUGUCCCUGCCCUGGUCUCCACAUCUCUGUCUCUGUCCCUGCCCUGGUCUCCACGUCUCUGUCCCUGCCCUGGUCUCCACGUCUCUGUCCCUGCCCUGGUCUCCACGUCUCUGUCCCUGCCCUGGUCUCCACGUCUCUGUCCCUGCCCUGGUCUCCACGUCUCUGUCCCUGCCCUGGUCUCCACGUCUCUGUCCCUGCCCUGGUCUCCACGUCUCUGUCCCUGCCCUGGUCUCCACAUCUCUGUCCCUGCCCUGGUCUCCACGUCUCUGUCCCUGCCCUGGUCUCCACGUCUCUGUCCCUGCCCUGGUCUCCACUGAGUCACCAUCUGGGAUCUGGGGAAAUCCAUUUGAUUUCGAUGACCUUUUGAUAGCAUCCCUUUCAAUUUGAACAAAACCUUCCAUACGUAGUCACCCAUUGUAGAAGUGGUCAGAAAGUGACUUUCGGGACCUGAAUGCCAAAACAUCGAAGACAUAAAGGUGCUCAAAGUUGACCUAUUAGAAUGUAUGACACCCAUUCCGAUGGACAACACAACCUCAGAUGAUGUGAAACAGGGUCUAAGCUACAACAUGCAGAUAUGAAAAAGAGUUUUACACUUUCUUAGAUAAUUUAUGUUAAAGCAUUAAAUUAUGUCCACAUUUUUAUUAAAACAUAUUUUUUUCAAGAAAUUAUUAAAUCGUAUGAUAACCCUGUGUUGUGUUUAAAUCAAAAGGGAUGCUGUCAAAAAGUGAUUGGCCUGGAGCAGCUCGAGGACACCUCUAGUAGAGUCAUCUCUCUCCAGGCCUGGAGCAGCUCGAGGACACCUCUAGUGGAGUCAUCUCUCUCCAGGCCUGGAGCAGCUCGAGGACAACUCUAGUGGAGUCAUCUCUCUCCAGGCCUGGAGCAGCUCGAGGACAACUCUAGUGGAGUCAUCUCUCUCCAGGCCUGGAGCAGCUCGAGGACACCUCUAGUGGAGUCAUCUCACUCCAGGCCUGGAGCAGCUCGAGGACACCUCUAGUGGAGUCAUCUCACUCCAGGCCUGGAGCAGCUCGAGGACACCUCUAGUGGAGUCAUCUCUCUCCAGGCCUGGAGCAGCUCGAGGACACCUCUAGUGGAGUCAUCUCUCUCCAGGCCUGGAGCACCUCGAGGACACCUCUAGUAGAGUCAUCUCUCUCCAGGCCUGGAGCAGCUCGAGGACACCUCUAGUGGAGUCAUCUCUCUCCAGGCCUGGAGCACCUCGAGGACACCUCUAGUAGAGUCAUCUCUCUCCAGGCCUGGAGCACCUCGAGGACACCUCUAGUGGAGUCAUCUCUCUCCAGGCCUGGAGCACCUCGAGGACACCUCUAGUGGAACCCUAUUCCAACGUAGUGCUUUAGUUUGGGACAGAGACCUAUGUGGGAGCCCUAUCAGGCCAAAGCAAGGACACUAAAUAAGGAGUGACAUUUAUGAGCUGUUCUAGUGUAUUUAUUUAGCAACAUGCAGCAGAGUACCCUUCUACUGAGCCCUCCGUGUGUGUGCUGGGGUAGAGAAGACAACACUGACUGUUGCAGCCUUUGGUCCCCAGGGACUUAAGAAAAGGGUGCUGUGUAUGUAGGAUAUUUUAACAAAGUAAAAGAACCAAAAAUGAAAUAAUCCUUCAGACUUUGAAAAUGUGUGGUGUUUGCUGAGCUCAUAGACUGCGUCUAUCAAGACUAGGCCUGUAGUGUUUAUAAUGGUUAUAGUGCCCUCUGGUGGCAUGAUAAGGUAGAGCAUGUUGUCCCAACAUUUACAUUUACAUUUAAGUCAUUUAGCAGACGCUCUUAUCAUACAGACCAGUCAAUCUCACCAGAACACUGUCAGACUUUGAAAAUGUGUGGUGUUUGCUGAUAGGUGUUGCUAUUACAAAGAGACUGCUGAUAUUGAGCUGGUGACUGAUUCUGUACUGCUUUCUAGUGACAGGAUGUGAUGUCACUAAUGGUCAGUCUGACCAGUGACAGGGUGUAAUGCUGACUGCCUAGUGGAACCAUGUUAUAGUGUGUCGUUUCAGAUAAAAAGCUGUUGUGAUUUAAA